AUGGCAAUGGCGUCCAGCAUGCAGCAGCCGGCGCUGCUUCUUCUUCGGCAGCUGACGCAGGACCCAGUGACAGCCUCCCUCCUCGCGGCCGCGCUCGCCACCGCGGUCCUUAUGAUCGCCGCUGUGAGGAGAGGCGGGGGACGGAAGCCGCGGCUGCCGCCGAGCCCGCGGGGCUUCCCGGUGAUCGGGCACCUGCACCUGGUGCGCCCGCCGGUGCACCGCACCUUCCACGACCUGGCGGCCAGGCUGGGCCCGCUGAUGCACAUCCGGCUCGGCUCCACCCACUGCGUGGUGGCCAGCUCGGCCGGCGUCGCCGCUGAGCUCAUCCGGACCCACGAGGGCAAGAUCUCGGAGCGGCCGCUCACGGCCGUGGCGCGCCAGUUCGCGUACGGCGACGACGGCUUCGCCUUCGCGCCCUACGGCCCGCACUGGCGCUCCAUGAAGCGCCUCUGCAUGUCCGAGCUCCUCGGCCCCCGCACCGUCGAGCAGCUCCGCCCCGUCCGCCGCGCCGGCCUCGUGUCCCUGCUGCAGAGCGUGCUGCACCAGGCGUCGGGUGCUGAGGCGGUGGACCUCACCGCCGCGCUCAUCCGGCUGUCGAACACGUCCAUCAUCAGGAUGAUGGCCAGCACCGUGCCCGGGAGCGUCACGGAGGAGGCGCAGGAGCUGGUCAAGGCGGUCGCGGAGCUCGUCGGUGCGUUCAACGUCGAGGAUUACAUCGCCGUGUGCCGCGGCUGGGACCUCCAGGGCCUCGGUCGCCGGGCCGCCGACGUCCACCGCCGCUUCGACGCGCUGCUCGAGGAGAUGAUACGGCACAAGGAGGAGGCCCGAGAGGCCAGGAGGAUGCGUGGUGGAGGAGAAGGAGAGACGCCGGAGAAGAAGACGGCCACGGGAACGACGACGGAGAGCAGCAAGGACUUGCUCGACAUCCUGCUGGACAAGUUGGAGGACGACGCGGCGGCGGAGGUGAAGCUCACCAGGAAGAAGAUCAAAGCCUUCGUCAUCGUAAGACCAAAGCUUUUAAUUAAUUUUCUUCUUCGUGCCGUUGCGAUUAUUGAAUUCUUCUCGAUCACGCACGUACGUGGAUGUACUAUGCAGGACGUGGUGACCGCUGGCUCCGACACGUCGGCGGCGAUGGUGGAGUGGAUGCUGGCGGAGCUGAUGAACCACCCGGAGUGCCUCCGCAAGGUGCGGUCGGAGAUCGACGCGGUGGUGGGGCGCGACAGGAUCGCCGGCGAGGGCGACGUGGCGAGCCUCCCGUACCUGCAGGCGGCGUACAAGGAGACGCUGCGGCUGCGCCCGGCGGCCCCGAUCGCGCACCGGCAGUCGACGGAGGAGAUGGUGGUGACCGCGGCCGGCGGGUUCACGGUGCCGGCGGGCACGGCGGUGUUCAUCAACCUGUGGUCCAUCGCGCGCGACCCGGCCAACUGGGACGCGCCGCUGGAGUUCCGGCCGGAGCGGUUCCUGGCCGGCGGGCGCAACGAGGCGCUGGACCCGCGCGGGCAGCACUUCCAGUACCUGCCGUUCGGGAGCGGCCGGCGCGGGUGCCCCGGCAUGGGGCUGGCGCUCCAGUCCGUGCCCGCCGUCGUGGCGGCCCUGGUGCAGUGCUUCGACUGGGCCGUGCCCGCCGACAUCGACGGGAAGAAGAUAGACAUGGAGGAGGCCGACGGGCUGGUGUGCGCGCGCAAGCACCCGCUGCUGCUCCGCCCCUCGCCGCGCCUCAGCCCCUUCCCGGCGGUCGUCUAA